AUGUCUCCCAUCUUCCGCCGCCUGCUCCCUCUCCUCCUAGCUCUCCUCAUCUUCAUCUACUACCGCUCCAAACUACUAUCCAUCACGAACCCAUCCAAGCUCACCAAAAUGGGCUCCUCCACCGCCCUCCGCCUCGCCAUCCUCGAAUGCGACUCCCCCCAACCCCAGACGCGCGCCCAAUUCGGCGGCUACACAGGCGUCUUCACAGCCCUCCUCGCCAGCGCAGCAAAGACACUCACCCCUCCGCAAGAACUAUCCAGUCUCGUCAGCAUCACUGCGCACGACGUCGUCAACGACUUGUACUCGUACCCUGCGCUGGAAGACGUGGAUGCCCUGUUACUAACGGGCUCGCGACACACAGCCUUCGACAAUGACCCGUGGAUCCUGAAACUCGUCGACUUUACGAAACGGGCUAUUGACAGUGGGCGCGUUAAAGUUGUGGGUGUUUGUUUCGGACACCAGAUUGUAGGGAGAGCAGUCGGCGCUGGCGUCGGCAAGAGUAAGAAGGGGUGGGAGGUGGCAGUUACGGAGGUCGAUUUAACGGAUAAGGGUAAAGAGAUAUUUGCGCUGGACAAGAUGCGUAUUCAUCAAAUGCACCAUGAUAUAGUGCAAAACUUUCCGGCGGACGCUAUUCCACUGGGUGGGAAUGCCUUUUGUCCCGUUCAGGGCAUGUAUUUUCCUGGGAAAUAUAUCACCGUGCAGGGCCACCCUGAGUUCACAAACGAAAUCAUUUCUGAAAUCUUGUUUAACCGGCAUACCGUGGGGAUAUUCACCGACGAAGAGUAUGAGGAUGCGAUGAAGAGGGCGCCAGUGCCGCAUGAUGGUGUUGCUGUUGGGAGGGCGUUUUUGAAGUUCAUGCGAGAGGGUUGA